UGUGCCGGACUUCCGUUUCCCAGCUUUGUUGCAAAGCGACGAGUGGUCCCCAAUGCGAACCUCAAUAGUGAAAUACCCGCACAUCCGCCAACUGCGCGCACUAUAAGCCGAGAGUGAAAUAUAAGCGUGGACCCAAGAGUUUCUUCCGUCAGACUUUUAAACUCUUAGUAUAUCCAGUUUUGCUAUUUUUUGGUCCGAUAUCUUUGCGAAUCAACCAUGGCGCAAGGUCCAAAAAUCAUGGGAGGAUGGAGCCAUCCACCUAAGGAAGCUGAUUUGGGUAUAAGUGAAAUCUGCAACCAGGUUCGAAUCGAGGUUCAGGACAGGAUUAACGGAGGAAACCAGUUUGGAGAAUUCGUUGCAAAGCUCUACAUACAGGCUGUUGUGGCAGGGAUGCUCUAUCGCGUCAAGGUUCAAAUAAACGACGUGUCCCUGAUUCGUAUCGAAGUGUUCCAACCACCACUUCUGGAUGGAGUUCAAGGUCCUCCGCAGCUGAAACAAGUGGUCUGUGAUGGUCCUCUGAAUGACCAACCCUGGUGAUGAUCUGUUUAUCUACAGCUUAUUUCACUCUUGGUCAUCGUCUAUAUUCGUGUUAAAACCUUUAUUUCUUUGACCCAUAAACUGCAUCAUACUCAUGAAUGACUGCAGCGACAGUACUGUGUACACUGUACAUGUACAUAAGCGAUCUCAACCAUCACAGCUACAGUACUUAUGGUCUUUGUCUAAUCUCGAAAUUCUAACUACUGUUGGAAAUCCCCGUUCUUCAAACUCUGUAGUUAUUCUAGUAUCUUCUAGCAAAUUUUCGUAUUUUCACGAAUCUGUUUGUUCUGUAAAUCGGCAAUAUAGACCUCAUUGCCUUUUGAGUACGCGUUAUGGACGUGAGUGUUGUGAUUAAUUGGUCAUGUUAUCUCGUUACAUUAACUGACUGCACUCUCAGAGGUUUACAUGUACGUACAGUGAACAUAGCCAACACAAGA